GUAACUACACUGAGGCUGGCUCAUUCUGAGAUCGUUGCGGCCAGCGACAAAACAGCCGUGAUCGAGGCAUUCGACUUCGCAAUAAAAUCAAACAUUUCCGAUGCUGACAAAUUGCAGUUCAGUCAGAGGAAAUUGGACUUCCUCGAAGAUCUCUCUUACGAUAUCGAUGUGUUACAAGAGCAUCAAGACGCUCAUGUUGCCUUAUUGGCUGAGAUGGAAAAUCCACCAACCACAACACGAAAGCGAAGGUAUAACGGCAGAGACGAGUCAAGAUAUUUCAAUGACAGAGAUCGCGAUGUGCCUUCUCGAAGAAGCCGAUAUUCGGAUCAUCGCGAUUCCUACCGUGACAGUCACCGCGGAAUGCGCGACGGUACCGGGUACUAUGUGUCAUCAAGCGCGUAUCCAGUGCAGCAGAUGUACUAUGGUAAUCAAGGCUAUUAG